GAACAAUUUUUCGAUUUAUAGGUGGAGCAUGUGCCUCCUGCUCCCAGUUGUUCUUAACACUUAGCCAACAAAUUUUGUAUAACAAUUCAGUUUGAAUAUGUAUCGCGGAAUUAUUUUGCUCCUACUGAUCGCGUUGGCCCAGAGUGAGGUUCACGCCAAACGUUACUUUGGCGUGGGCCAGCGCAUUGGAGAGGAUCAGCUGUUGCUCAAGGAUUUGCAGCAUUCGCGUCCUGCGGGCGCAGGCCAAGCGGCUAGCGUUGCCUUCAACUACAACAUUGCGGAGCCCAUCACCUACAUUGAGAUUGUUUCGGAAGAAAACAUUUCGGCCGAGGUGAAAGUGAGCUAUGUGGACACACUAAUAGUGGGCCUCGUUAGCCUGGUGGCACCCGGCAAUCAAAGCGAAUUCGAGGAAGAUCUCGAGCCCAGCCAAAAUCUUUCAGCGUCCUUUGAUGUGGUCAUCACAAUCUUUGGCUUUAACCAGACCGUUUUGAAUUUGAAUCCCGCAUUGCUGCUCAAUCGCGACUCACACUUUGAGGGCGAAGUGAAGCCCUACGAUGACUACGAGGAGAUCGAGGAAGUGAGUCAGCCGUAUGACAACGUCGACCAUGAGGGUAAAGUGACCUCAGAGUUUGACGAGGAACACACCGAUGCGCCCGUCUCUUUCGCUGACUUUGAGCACAAGGACAAGAUCAUUGAGAUUGGACAACGGCAACCAGGUGACGAUUUGAUCUUUGAAACAUAUCAAACAUCAUCGGGCGAUUCCAAAGAGCAAGCGAAUCACACCGUCAUUUUCUACUACAUCGACAGCGAUUUUAUCACCUACAUCAAGUUUGUUGUCUUCGACCACUAUGUUGAUAAGGUCGCUACAGCCGAGAACUAUAUGCCACCCGUUGCCGAGUACAGUCAUUAUUCUGCGGGCACGAUCAAGGCAACCAUAACAGACUUUAACAUCAGCUCGCUGUUUGUGCAAAUGUUUGUCUAUGGCUAUCGAGGCGUGGAUACUCCGCCGGCUAAUUACAAGCCCUUCCUGGAGCCCCAAAAUCAAGAAGUGGAACGUACGGCUCCGCUGACGCCGUUGCAGCGUAUGCAGCUGUUGUUGUUGACGGGUAGCAAAACUACGCGCGCACCACUCGAAGAUGAUUUAGACGAUGAUUCCGAAGAGGACGGCGUUGUGGCGCCCAUACGACCCGAGGACAUGAUGCCCGAUCAUGUGCCCGAGGCGAGCAUUGCAAAUGCUGUGCUCGAACAGCAACGGGCAUUGCCACAACGGCUCUAUGCGAUGUUGGGCUUAAUGCUCUUUGCUGUCGCAUAGUCAUAGAUCUUGCUCGAGGGCCAAAUGUUAGUUAGUUAAAACGAUUGUAAAAGCUUUAAAUUAGUAGCGUUUAGGUGCACACAUUUGCAAAUAUUGUAAUAUUUUAUCAAAUAAAGGCAAUUGGCUUAAGCCAAGUUAACAGUCUGACAGACACACA